AGCCCAGAAUCUUUGCUGGUUUUUAGUGGCAACUACAGUGUACAUGGUUUAUAUGACGUCUUACUAAAUUACAGAUUUCUCUUGACCUCACUAUCCGGUGUGGACGUACCUGUCUUGUUUUCUCCUGUGCCAUUUCAAAAUUCUGCCGUUUCUACUCCUGAUAUUAAAUGCAUGAAGACAAGAAGAGCUGAAGACAUUGCUGCUUCUUAUAACGGGUCUAUAUGGAAAGAAGGCGAGUCUGCACGAGGAUCAUCAGAUGGCCUUUGUACCAUUGAAAUUAAGAAUGCACUAAUUCCACCUUGGUUUAUUUGUGAUAUAUGUGCAUUGAUGGCCUCUGAAGGAAGAAGCUUUGAGGCAAGUUUUGUGACGGAACCUAGCUCGAUUGGCUUGAAUGUUGCCUUAAAACCAACAUGUGAGAAGUCUGAAUCCAAAGCUGCCGGUAGUGAAAGCUUACAAGACUGCAAAAGUUCAUUUGGCAUUGCAGAAGCUGUAGUCACAUCUCGACUGUGUUCAUGUUCAUUAAAAGGCGUGAGUUACUGUGAUGGUUCUUAUACAGCAUUGCUAUCCCCUGUAUAAUCUUCUAUUACAAAACUAUGACCUUGUGAAAGGAAAUAAAUCAAUUACGAACUCAUUUUGCAUUUAGUGCUUGACAUUGGAUGUGAUUGCCAUUUGAAUCGAGCAGCCACGGGAUAUUUU